AUGGCACUGCUCUCUGUAGGGGGGAGGCGGUGCCUUCUGGUGCUGCUUCUUUUGCUCUUUGCGGGAGUGGCUGAAAAGGGUGGAGCUCAGAUCCGGGUGCAGUCUCCGAAACGCCUUAUCGACAAACUCGUCUCCAUGCAAGCCAUCUCCGAAGAGAACUUCUUCACCAUCAUCGGAUCCACUGCCUCUUUCGGAACCCCCGCCUACGGCACUACCCUGAGAGGCAGAGCCUUUUACACUCCCCACGAACGACAUGAAGAGGCUGACAUGACGGAGACAGGAGUGCAUUGCGACACAUCGUACUGCGUGCGACUAAAGGAUGAGAUUGAAGACUGGAAGAGCAGCGCGCUGCAAGGGGGGCUCGCGAAGGUAGUGUUGUUCGUCGACCGAGGUGUCUGCACCUUUGCAGCAAAGGUGGAGGCAGCACAGAGCUGUGGGGCUGAUGCAGUGGUAAUUGUUGAUCACGGCACUCAAGACUGGACCCGCGGAAUGAUCCGCCACAAUAUCAUCAUGAGUGACGACGGAAAGAUGAGGGAUAUUCACAUCCCUUCAGUCCUGAUAGCGCAGCCCGAAGGAGAUGCAAUAAAGGAGGAGAUCCUUUCAGGGCAAGAACCUGUCCUUGUUGAGCUCGAGUGGCGUAUGCCGGCUCAGUGGCCGGUGGCCGUCAACUUCUGGGCAGACCCUGGCGAUGCACAGGCUGCCAGCUUCCUGCAGUCUUUGGCACCCUACAUGCUGCGUUUGGGAGCCCAUGUCCGUUUCCAGACCAUCUACAAUGUUUUUUCCUUGGAGGGCGGAUCCGAAGAACUCUGUCUGUCUCAUGGCCUCUAUGAAAAAUAUCCCCGUCUUUACUGCGCCUUUGAACCCAACGCUCAAGUCCUUGGCCUCACCGGGAGUGAAGUCGUACAAGAGUCGCUUCUACAGUCAUGUUUGUACAGCACCACAAAGGUGACUCCACCGGAUCUAAAGGAAGGCGAGUUCUCACGAGAAUGGUGGCUCUACCAGCAGAGGCUGGGCGACCCAAGAGACGGCUGCUCUUUCAGCGGCAAGGGGAAGAACGCGUGGGGCCCUGCCUGUUCGAAACGCGUCCUGUCAGAGGUGUUGUCAGGGGGCCAGACGCACUCAGUGGAGUUGUGCAUGGGAGACGAGAACGGCCGCAGGUUGCUAGACUUUUCCAAGAACAACCGCGGGUGGUCGAUUGUCGCCAUGACAAUCAAUGGUGCGAGAUACAGUGGGCAGCUUGCUCCGGAGCCGGUCCUUAGAGCCAUUUGUUCUGCCACAGUUAACCCCCUUACAAACAAAUACAGAGCCGAAGAGUGCAAUGACAUCGUCGUCGACGCACACACUGAAGAAGCGCCAUGGCUGCGGUCGAUGAUGGACUCGCGCAACCUAGUUUUCAUCUUGUUUAUGAUAGUUGUAAUUUGUCUCGGCCUGAGCUACCUGUAUUAUCGCUACGCGAAGAAGCAGUUGGCGGAGGGGAUGCAGCAGCGGGUGCAGCACGAAGUGCAGCAGCAGCUGCAGCUAUAUCACAGAAUGGAGGAGGCCCCAGGAAAGCCCAUUAUGCCCGAACGCAGGCCCCUUGUUUAA